GGAAACACUCGGAACCAUGCCUGACCCACCCACCGUCAAAGCGCCCAAGAAAGGCUCCAAGAAAGCCGUGUCCAAGGCUGUCACCAAGGGCGGCAAGAAGAGGAGAAAGUCCAGGAAGGAGAGCUACGCCAUCUACGUGUACAAGGUGAUGAAGCAGGUCCACCCCGACACAGGCAUCUCCUCCAAGGCCAUGGGCAUCAUGAACUCGUUCGUGAGCGACAUCUUUGAGCGCAUCGCCGGUGAGGCCUCUCGUCUGGCUCACUACAACAAGCGCUCCACCAUCACCUCCAGGGAGAUCCAGACCGCUGUCCGCCUGCUGCUGCCCGGCGAACUGGCGAAGCACGCCGUGUCUGAGGGAACCAAGGCCGUGACCAAGUACACUAGCUCCAAGUAGACCUCAUCUAGAACACCAACCCAAAGGCUCUUUUAAGAGCCACCCACUUCUUCUGAAGACCAUUUCCUAAUGUCUCUAUCAAUAAAUCUAUAUUGUUAUAUUAACAUUCAAUGGAAAAAAGUGUAGGAUUGCGAUACAAUUUUUGAGAAGUAACUGCCAUCUUAGUGGUAAAAUAACAAGUGACUUGGAGAUAUGGAGAGACAAAAGCAGAGGGACAAACGUCUGUAUAGACUCAAGGAGACUGAAUGGCCUCCAGGGCCAGUGGGAUGUCAACAGAUUUUAUUUUGAUAUUCUGUUCAACGUGCUAAUCUCUGUGAUGAAGUUUGCAGAAGUCUUGUUAACUGAUGUUUGAGAUGUGUUGAUAAUCUGGUUUUAAGAUCUGUUUUUUUUUUCUUCACAAAUUCAUCUGAUGUUUAAACUUGUGUCUUGCCCAAGUUCCCCAAAACAUGUUGGUGUGAAAUCCACACAUCAAUACUGUUGAAUAGAUUCCUUCAGACUUUACUGAAUUGAGGGAAUUGCUAUUUUUUUAAUAUUUGCUUGUGUAAAGUGAUCAACACACCAUGUAUAACAAAUUAUUUCCUGUUUUACAGAUUUUGAAAUGGAACAGUAAUUUGUACCUUGGAAGAAUUGUGAUUUGAUAAUUCCUCCUUUAUAAUGGGUUCUUGAACAGAUCACUUAAUGCCGUGUGUCACAUCGACAUCUUCCUGGAGGUGAAACAGUGGCAUUUGUCUGUUCACAUAUGAUGUAGUUUUAUAUAGCUACAACGAUCAGAUCCUCAAAAGGCUACAUCACACAUGAUGUAUGCAAACAAAGAAGCAGAGAUACAUCUUUUAAUC